AACGCUAACUUUUAAGGAUACUAGGUCAUUACGAAUAAAUACUGCCGAUUCGAGAGUAGAGACUCUAUGUCCUGUUUGCCGUGGCCACGUACAUGGACUUUUGCCGUUGGCACCUGAUUUUGACUGUGAGCGUAAAAGGUUAAAUUUGGUUGAUGCGAGGGGGACUGCCGUUUACCGCCUUUACUAUCAAUCAGUUUAUGAUUGCUUGCGCAACUCAAAACCUGCUUUUCUGGAAAAGCAGGAAGACCAGUUUAUCAAAUAUCGCCAGACUUUUGAAGCUUUUACUUGUUCUUGCCGCAGGCAGACUUCGUCAAGUGAGGAAGUUGUCGGAAGGAUUCAUGCUGGUGACCAUUCAUUCACACUGGGCUUGGCCAAGACGAACAUUGAACGCAAUGUUUUGAUAUCCGAACUGGGUAUUGUCUAUUCGAACGAGCGCUCUGUUUCAACAGAACACCUUCUUUGUGGUGCUUGUUACGUUGUGACAACACGUGACCUGGAAUUUGCACGUUUGCAGUGUAAACAGCUUCUUUAUGCGCAUGGUGAGUUAUCAGAAAUUAGGCGAGAUUCGGGCCUGUUAGGAGCUGAUUCGAAACUGAGUGAGGUCAGUAGUAGUACCAGUCUUGGAAAACAACGUGACUGUGAUAAAAGUGCCCUCAGUUCUAAUUUCGUUGGCAACCGAUCAGAUGAAGCCAUAGAUAAGGAUAUUCUUAUUCCGCUGCCUCUAAUUGAUAUGAAAUCUGCGCUCCUCAGACUAAGCGCUUACAUUAUAACGCAAAAUAAUCUAUUUCUGACAGAUAAAAUUAGACUUCUCUCAUUUAUAUACAGACGUAUUCUGUUGGCGUCAAUCGUUAGAACUGGUUUACUUCUUUCUGGCCGAAUGCCUUCUACCCAGUUGACUUUAAUUUCUGAAAUUACGCUUGAUUCGCUAAUUUAUUCAGAUUACCAGGGCGAGGAUUUUGAUUGGGAUCAAUCGGUCAUGUAUGUCGCAACGGAUUUUUCUCGCUUUUCAGCACAGCUUUGGCAUGAGUGUGGAAUAAAGAAAUUCCCCGAUGGAGCAAAUAUAGGACGUGCUACCUUCGAAGAUCUGUAUGCGUUUCUCUCAGCUGAAGAGGAUCAGGAAAAAGGGCUGUGCAGUUAUUUGGACGCAGAUACUCUGUCAUCUUGGAUUGGCACGGCUAUUCGUUACAUGAAUUUAAGAAGUUUUGUUAGAGUCAUAUGUCAGGAGCCUGUUGAAUGGCGACCGUUCGUUUUGUUGGAACUACCGGUAAGCUACGACGACCUCUUUUCUCGUUUUUUCGGGCGCCAUUGUGUCAACUGUGAUUCCGUCCCACGUACUCCUAUGAUUUGUUUGCUCUGUUCCAAAUUGGUUUGUUUGGAUUCUUGUUGUUCUACACCGGUUGGCCCUGCGAUACUUGACAACGAAGUUGAGAAGCAUGCUGCAGAAUGCGGAAGUGGUGCGGGUUGUUUUCUUGCCUUACAUUCUUCGCUAACCAUUAUCGUUUCGCGUCAUAUGGCAACAAUUUGGGGUUCUGUUUAUCUUGAUGCUUACGGAGAAGAAGACCGAAAUUUAAAGAGAGGGAAACCUUUAUUCCUUUCAAUGCGUCGUUACGAAAAGCUGCGCGUUGAUUGGAUUUUACAGAAUUUCGAUCAGCCUGUGGUAAGCCCUUUUAGCUUUGAACACCUUCCAGUAUUCCUUCGUGACGCGCAUCUUGUUUCAAAUUUUUGA